AUGGUCCGUAUUACUGUUGCUGCUCUCUUGGCCUUUGUUGCCAUUGCUUCUGCAUCGUCCCCCGUUUUCUCUGAUGGCGUGAGCGUUUCUGCUCGAGCCGAUGAAGCAGCCGACAAAGCAGGCGCUGAAGCAGCGCCGGCCCCAGAGGAUCUGAAGCAGCUGGAUACGCUUAUUGAUGCUGUACAAACGUUUCAAGAUAUGUUGAAGAACCUGAAGCAGGAUGCUGGUGGUGCGGCUCAGUAA